CGCGCAGUUCGCAGGGGACGACAAAGUGCGACCAACGCAAGAGCGAGGCGCACAAUCGAAGCUUCUGCUGCUGCUGCUGCUCUGCUCUGAUCUGAUCUGAUCUGGUGCUUGUCACGAGACGACGAGGGCGAGGUUUGGUGGGCGAGUGUGGAGCGCGAGAGCCAUCGAUCGAACCAAUUUUGGGCCGAAGAGAGACCUCCUACAUGCAGCAAAUUUGACGCGGGAUCGAUCGACGCAAUGGAGGUGUCGGCCCCAUUGAUCAAGAACAUUCUCCUGUUGGAUUCCGAGGGGAAACGCGUAGCUGUGAAGUACUUUUCAGAUGAUUGGCCAAAUCUUGCCUCCAAGCUGGCUUUCGAAAAAUCUGUUUUUACGAAGACGCAACGUAUAAGUGCUCGAGCUGAAGCGGAGAUUGGUAUGUUCGAUGGCUACGUUGUUGUCUACAAGUUUAUAUCGGAUCUGCAUUUUUACGUGACGGGAGGUGAUGAUGAGAAUGAGCUUAUUUUGGCCACAGUGCUGCAGGGCUUCUUUGACGCAGUCGCCAUUCUUUUAAGAAGCAAUGUGGAGAAGAAAACGGUUUUGGAGAACUUGGAUCUCGUUCUCCUUUGCCUGGACGAGAUUGUUGAUGGAGGGAUUAUUUUAGAGUGUGAUGCUAAUGUGAUUGCUGCAAGAGUUGCCAUGCGUGGUGCAGAGGCUGAUGUACCGCUAUCUGAGCAGACUAUCUCCCAAGCGCUGGCAACUGCGAAAGAGCACCUGGCAAGAAAUUGGGUUUUGUAAAGUUUGCUGAGCUGUUUACUGUACAUCUGACUCAUGAACUCAUGUUCAUAAGCCGGAGACGGUGCUGGUAUGAGAGAUGUGUGGAGUUACUUCCGCUUUCUCUUCUGACUUCGUGAGCGCUUCCUUAUGAAUGCGCGGUUCUGUGUGCAGAAAUUGGGCUCUGUAAUUUUUGGUGAGAUGAUUCUUGUUCACAGUUGUUCCUCUCUCAAGAAAUGAAGAAUCCCUUCUUAAAGCAGAGGGCAUGAAAGCCUGGGUGACAUGAUGUAUACUUGCAUCUCGGUGAGUCAUUUUGAUGUACGUGCCGAAGCUAGGGAAUCCAGUUUAGGGGAUUGGCAGUUCAUUUACUGUCACAUCUGAUAGGCUGAGUUGCAGCUAACAAAAGAAUCGAAUUCUUAUUCUUAUUCCGUCGGAAAUGAAAGUGUCCAUCAAGCUCUUCUGGAUGUGC